AUGGUGGGGCAGAGCCCGCUGGACCCUGGUGAGAGCAGGACCGCCGUCCUCCUGGAGCCCUUCGUCCAUCAGGUGGGCGGCCACAUGAGCAUGAUGAAGUACGACGAGCACACGGUCUGCAAGCCCCUGGUCUCGCAGGAGCUGAGCUUCUACGAGUCGCUGCCCUUGGCCAUGAGGCAGUUCACGCCCCAGUACAAAGGCAUCGUUUCCGUGCACCUCAAAAAAGACAACCUCGGCAACCUGACGCUGAUCGCCGGCCCCAGCCUGCAGCCAGAGAGCUGCGGCCGGCUGGACAACGCCAUCGGCGACUCCUCGGUGACCAUAUGGCACAAGUGCAAGUGGGCUACCAGCACCGGCACUGGCAGCGAGCACACGCUCGUCAAGUGGAGUCACACCCAGCUCACCAAGACCUUCAAAGACAGCUGCCCAGGGAAGAUGCUGCUGAGGACAGACCUUCAGUACCGCACAGAUUCACUUUUGGAAGAUGCAAACGGAAACCAGCCAGAAAGAAACAGCUACAACCCCUGGGGACUGCACUGUCACAGGCAGCACCUGAACCGCAUGUCCUCCAAGCAUAAUGAGAACAAACUUCAUCAGUUUCUAUUGCUUGAAAACGUGGUAUCGAAAUACAACUAUCCCUGUAUCCUGGACUUAAAGAUGGGAACGCGGCAGCACGGCGAUGAUGCCUCGGAGGAGAAGAAAGCCCGGCACAUCAAGAAGUGUGAACAAAGCACCUCUGCGUCUCUGGGCGUUCGCAUCUGUGGGAUGCAGGUUUACCAAGCAGACACUGGCCAUUUUCUCUGCAAAGAUAAGUAUUACGGCAGGAAACUCUCACCGGAGGGAUUCAGGCAAACCUUGCGCCAGUUCCUGUGCAACGGUAACCACCUCCGAACGGAUCUCCUGGAGCCCAUCAUCCUGCGGCUGAAAGCUCUGCUUUCUGUCAUUAGGAAGCAAAGCUCGUACAGGUUCUACUCCAGCUCACUCCUCAUCAUUUAUGAUGGGCAGGAGCACAAGGAGAACACGGCACCCUUGGAUAAUCACCUUCACUUCCAAAAAACAAACUGCACCACGUCACCCGGCACUAAUCACUCCAGAGUGGACGUCCGGAUGAUAGACUUUGCCCACACCACUUUUAAAGGCUCUAAAUGCAAUCACACCACUUACGACGGGCCAGACCACGGCUAUAUUUUCGGCCUGGAGAAUCUCAUCAAAAUCCUUCAGAAUAUCUCAGAAGGAAAAUGACAAUUCUGUGAAAUAACCUGGAUUUACUAGUGACCGAUAGCCCUGAAAAGUACCGCCUUGGGUCAGCUGUAUGGGGCCCUCCCAGCUGCUGGAUGUGACGUGCACGGUUUGGAAUGAGAGCACGGACAGCUUGCUAGGAAAGCGCAAAACACGCUACGUGCCAUUACUGAACUCAAGCGUAAAAAGCAAAGAGCUGAAAGAAUCCGUCCUGUCUGCAAUCAAUCAGAAGAUUUAUUUUCCCUUCUUGUUUUACUGCUGUCCUUGAUUUAUUUGUGAGCCAAAAGAAAGCAUUACUUGAAAGAGUCUUAAUGAU